AUGGGGAUUCAAGACCAGGUGGGGAAGAUGCAGACCCGUCAGGGGUAUAGGAAUCUAUGGCACGCCGAUUUGAUGGGCACCAUGACUACCGAUACUCCCUAUUGUUGCUUUGCAGCUUUCUGUGGUCCAUGUGUUUCUUACCUGCUGCGAAAACGAGCUCUUUAUAAUGAUAUGUCAAGGUACAGAUGCUGUGCCGGGUAUAUGCCAUGCAGUGGAAGGUGCGGCGAACGUCACUGCCCCGAAUUGUGUCUUGGCACUGAGGUUUGCUUCUGCUUUGCAACUUCAGUUGCCUCGACACGCUUUCUAAUACAAGAUGAGUUCAAUAUACAGACAGCACCGUGCGAUAACUGCAUUAUUGGAUUUAUGCUCUGCCUCAACCAACUUGCAUGUAUAUGCUCCUUGAUUGCUUGCAUAACUGGAAGUGGGGAGCUCUCAGAUAUUUCCAGUGUGUUGAGCUGUAUAGCCGACACGGUCUUUUGCUCGGUCUGUGCUUGCAUGCAGACCCAGCACAAGCUUGAACUGGACAAAAGGGAUGGCAAGCUUCCACAGCCAGUUAUGGCAGUUCCUCCAAUGCAGCAGAUGUCUCGAAUGGAUCAGCCAAUUCCUUAUGCCGGAUAUCAUCAUCAGCGGCCAGUCUAUUCACCUCCACCAACAGGAUAUCCAGGUCAUGCGGGGUAUCCAAAUCAACAUGCAGGAUAUCCACCAGCAGGAUACCCACCAGCAGGCUAUCCACCAGCAGGAUAUCCAAAUCAACCUGCAGGCUAUAUGCCUCCACCAGCAUAUGGGCAACCAGUAUAUCCUCCAGGGCCUCCUCCUCCUGUGCGUCCUCCAGAAUCUCCACAUGGUAUUUAUUCUGCGGAUUCCGGUGUUUUCCCUCCUGCAGUACCUCCUCCUCCACCUCCUGGUUAUAUCCCAGAAUCUCCAUCCGCACCUCCCGGACCGCCAAGGGAUAAAACCUUCUCCUCCUAGUCGUACCGGUCCUUCUUCUAAUCCUCCCAAGUGAUUCUGAUCAUGCAUUGCAGACAGAUUCAUUCAUGUGGAUCUGCAAAUUGGCAUGGAUUUUAUGAUUAAUGUUGGUUGAGUUCAAUGAUAAACAUGUAGUGUUUCUUAGUUAAGGAACAGUCAUUUACCCAUCAAUGUCUCCCAAUUGAACUUCUUUUUUGGAACCAACUUAGUUUCUUCC